GCAGUUAUUGGAGAAUCUGAGGAGAGUUGGUGCUGGUUGCGUGAAUUUUGGAAGUUUUCUUGCGAAUUUGAGAAGGAUCAUUGGGAGGAUUUUACCGAAUUAACUCAAUUUCGGCACCCUCAGACGUUUGACAAGCGCGGGGCCGGUGCGUAUCGGCGGCGGGACGAUGCCAGUCCGAAAACAAGAGGCUCACCGGGCGCUGGAGCUACUGGAGGACUACCGCAGUCAGCUGAUUGGCGGCCAUGAGCUCCAGCUGGCCACCGCCAUCGAGCACCUCAUACACAUCUUCAAAUCGCGCCUCUUUCAGGCGCUCAUUGACAUUCAGGAGUUUUACGAGCUGACGCUGCUCGAUGAGAGUAAGACGGUGUCUCAGAAAACGACUGAGACGAUUCAGGUGGCCAACAAAUGGGACUCGGCCGCAGCGCCCAUCUCCCCGGGCAGCCUCAUCAUCGAAAAGGUCAGUCGGGGUCACGGGGGCACCAGAUCGUAUGUCGCUGGUCGCGGGUCACAGGGCGCAGGUGCCGGGCCAAAUGUCAUGAGUAUUUU